UCGACGCAAAUUCCCAGAUGCGUUGCGCUCGUACGCAUGUCAACUACUGGUCACAGCGCAUUCUAAGCUUAACAUACUUCCAAAGAUGGCCUCCCCACUCAAGAGCUGCAUCGAUCCGACGGAACACCCGUUCGACACCCGAAGGAACUUUGGGGAGUACAUGGUCCAGCAUCUCAGGCGCCACGCAGGCUCAAAGUUGAUCAACGGCACAAGCCACGAAGCCUUCACCUAUGGCGAAGUAGCAGAGCAGGUGGAUGCCGUGCGGACAGCGCUCUGGCGACUGGGUCAUGAAGCGGGCGACAAGAUCCUUCUCCUCAGCGCCAAUCGGACGCAAUUUCUGCCGAUGUUUCUGGGUGCAGCGUGCGCCAACGUGGCGUCCGUCAGCGAAAGCCCGGGCUUCAGUGUCGAUGUCCUGGCUGAUGCAAUGCAAACCCUGUCCCUGGUCUGCGUCUGCUGUGAACCAGACCGGGUGCAAGAGGCUCUCGAACUGCAACGAAGACUUGUUUCUAUAAAGCACAUCAUAGUACUGGAUGAACCGGCGCAUAAAAUGGACGGGACAACGAACAGCAUAAUCACAUGGAAUGAGCUACUGAAGAAGGGCCGCGAAGAAGGAAGCCCAAUGCCACCGCCUGCCGAGUAUCGAGAGAACCAGAUCUGUUACAUGACGUCUACAAGUGGUACGACUGGCAAACCGAAGCUGGUUGUGCAUUGUCAUGAGUCCCUCCUGGCCAUCGUUCAAUCAAACAGUCACCCUGGGCAUAUGGGUCUAGGUCCAGAGGACGUGUCCCUCUCCACAACGUCAUUGAGCCACGUGUAUGCACUUUUUGACGGGGUCUGCAAGGCUAUCGCCCAGGGAGCGUCGGCUGCCUUUAUGGAGACCGCUGAUGACACUGCUAUACUCGAGGCGAUUCACAAGCACAGGGUCACAGCCAUGAGCACAACGCCUUACACUGUGAGGUGCCUGUUGGACAACGAACGGCGCAAAGGCUAUGACCUUGAUUGUCUCCAAUACGUCACUACGGCGACCACAAUCAUUGGAGAAGACGUUGCGAAGACACUGGUCAAAGAAUUUAAUCUCAAAUCGUUUAUACAGUUGUACGGUCAGUCGGAGAUACCUUUCAUCUCAGCGGGUCUUUACAACGCGCCAAGCAAAUACAAGUCCAUCGGUUGUUUGGCAGUUGGCGUCCAAGCAGUGGUGAGGGACACAGAAACGAAGAAGCCUCUGGGACCAUGGCAACGUGGAGAACUCGUGAUACGAAGUCCAAGCCUGAUGCGUGGCUACUGGGGAAGACUGCACGAGCCCAUCACCGACGAAGAAGGCUGGUACAGUACAGGCGACCAGUGCUACUACGACAACGACGGCUGGCUAUACCUAGUUGCGCGGCUGAGCGACUUCUUCUGCUGCCGUGGGGGCAAGUAUUGGCCGGCCGAAGUCGAGGCCGUGCUGCUCAAGUGUCCAGAGGUUCAUGACUGCGCCGUCGUAGGAAUGCCUCAUCCCGAAGCUGGAGAAGUGGCGCACGCUCUGGUUGUGCCCGAGCCAGAAGCAAGAACACUGAGCGCCGAUGACGUCAUGCAAUUUGUGGAAGCCAACGCACCGAAGGGUUGCCACUUGGAAGGCGGCGUCACAUUUGUCCACAAGAUUCCACGCAACAAUCUCGGAAAACUUGUCAGGCGUCAGCUCGUCCAGUGGAUUCUCGGGAACCGAGAACAGUGAAGCAUCAACAGUCGGGAAGCUGAGGCUUAAGAUCUCGCAGAUUUCCCAAACGACGCUGCCCCCAACUGUACACAGCGCCUCUCGCACGGGGCGUGUAUAGUCAUUUUGUGAAAUUGUAAUAAUGUUAAUAAAGUGCACGUGAAGGG